AUGAUUGGAGCGUAUGAGAAGCAUCACGUGGCUUCUUCCUGUUGGUUUCUGUCAACUGUGAUGUCAGCAGCCUUCAGGCCACAGGCUAGACGAUUCUUGCCCAUGGGCUUGCCUUGGUUGGUGGGUCCCACCCUUGCCCGGGCUGGACCUUGCGCACUGGAGGGGUUUUUUGGGUCCUGGGGCCCCAGUACAAACAUCUUCCCCGAUAACCCGUUUGCUGCCACGCUCACCGGUGGUGGUCAACUUGGUCAAGAUGUUGUGUCCCUCCAUUCCACAAAUGGGUCCAAUCCUGGUAGGCUUGUUUCCACACCCAACCUCCUCUUCAGUUGUGGUGACACAUCUCUCUUGGAUGGCCUAGCCAAAGGUGCCAAGGGCAUGGCUGGCCUUGGUAGGUCCAAAGUUGGAAUCCCCUCUCAACUAGCUUCCGCUUUUAGCUUCCAAAGAAAAUUCGCCCUUUGCUUGUCUUCCUCACCAAGAUCAUACGGUGCGAUGUUCUUUGGAGGCGGGCCUUAUGUUCUGCUCCCCGGCAUCGAUGUCACUAAGUCACUCACCUUCACGAAAUUGAUCCUCAACCCCGUAAGCACCGCGGGUGCUUCUUUUGUAGGAGACCCUUCAACAGAUUACUUCAUCCAAGUAAAGUCCAUCAAGAUCAACGACAAGGUUGUUUCAUUCAAUGCCACUUCGUUGCUAAACAUUGACGCAGAAGGCUAUGGUGGCACGAAAAUUAGCACCGUGAAGCCCUACACAGUCUUGGAGACCUCAAUCUACAAAGCGGUGGUUAAAACAUUUGUGAAACAACUCCCCCGCGUCCCAAGAGUGGCAUCUGUUGCACCUUUUGGAGCUUGCUUCAGCUCCAAGAACAUUAGCAGCACACGUGUCGGUCCGUUCGUGCCACCCAUUGACCUUGUGCUGAGCGAGGGAGUGUUUUGGAGGUUCUUUGGUGCAAACUCCAUGGUUCAGGUGGCCAAGGACGUGUUGUGUUUAGGGUUUGUGGAUGGUGGUGUGAGGCCAAGGACUUCGAUUGUGAUUGGAGGGCAUCAGUUGGAGGACAAUCUUCUGCAGUUUGAUUUGGCUAACAAGAGGCUCGGGUUCAGCUCUUCAUUGUUGUUCAGACAAACUACUUGUGCUAACUUCAACUUCACUUCCAAUGCUUAG